GCUGAUCAAAUGUCAAGAAAAUGGAGUUUUGUUACGCAUUUUAUAAUUCAGAUUAGAAAAAUUUCAAUAUGAAAUUAAAUAACAUUAUUUUUAUAACCUGCUUGGGUUAGAAUGGAUAGCACAAAUCCAUUUCAACCUUGGGCCACUGACGAUAGUGCAAAAAAUGUUAAAACUGAAAGAGAACUAGUGGAUGACGCGAAACUUCAUCGGGAAAAUGUCAAUCAUCCAAAACAUAGGCAAACUGCGUCUUACAAUAAAGAAAGUGUCGCCGUCCCAAGCAACGCUCCGGGAUCAUCGAGCGCUACGGCCUCCGGCGGCGAGGCCGCGCCGGAAGGCGAGUCCAAGAUGGACUCUAGUAAAAUAGCUUCUAUUCAACAAAUCGUCGAGAACACCCUCAGUCAAGAAGGCAGGCAGAGAGUAACUCAGUUACUAGAAGCAGUAGAAGCUCUAAGUGGUGCAGAGAGACUUCUUCUGUAUCUACGUUUGCCCACCGGAGUGCCUCUCCAUGAUCCCCUUAAACAGCCCAUUAAUCCACUAGGCUCACGGGCUGAGCUUCAGCAGACUGUAACUUGGAUACAGACACACUUAGAAGUUGACCCGGAUGUUUCACUACCCAAGCAGGAUGUAUAUGAUGAAUAUAUUGCACAUUGUAUGAGCAGUAACAUGAAGCCUCUCUCCACUGCGGACUUCGGGAAAGUAAUGAAGCAAGUGUAUCCGACUGUACGGCCUCGUCGACUGGGCACUCGUGGCAACUCUAGGUAUUGUUACGCGGGCCUUAGAAAAAAGAUUAAGUUGGAAGUGCCACAGCUACCCGAUUUGGGUGAAUCAUCCAAGAUAUGUUUGGAACCAUUUGCACCUUCGAGGGAAACUGAAAGGAUUGUCUGCGAUUGGGCCGAAUCUAAAUUAGGCAUCAAAUUUGCAAAUAUUUCGGAGCUAUCGAGACACUUGGCGUCAGCGGGUACACAGCUUGCUCCGCCCGGUCCAGCCAGCGCGUCGCCACCGCCUCAACUUGUGCAGCCACACGCACCUGCAGAUGAUACAACAAGUCGACAGCUUAUCAAGCAUCUUAAACGAAAAAUACAGACUCAAGGUACUCCUGGUCGGCCGAAAAAGAACAAAGGUCAGGAUGUAUCCGGAGAGUCCCCGCCGUCUACGUCAUAUGCGAGCCACCAUCAGCCUAUGAAACACGAGAGCGAGGUGCUGCCCGACAUGAGCUACGGCUACGGGCAGGCGGCCUACGUGCCCGUGUACGACGUGCGGCCGCCGCUGGCGCAGUACGUGCCGCCGCCGCGCGCGCACCCGCCGCACGGCCCGCUCGCGCAGCACGGCCCGCUGCCGCCGCACGUGUCGCACGCGCCGCACCCGCCGCACACGCCGCACCCCCCGCACGUGCCCUCCGCGCCGCACCCCGCCAUUCCUAUGCACGACUACCGACCCGACCCCUACGUAUUCGAACCGUCAUAUGCUCCGCGCGAUCUCACUCGCCCUGCGGACACCACACACAAUCUACCGAUUAAUUUAAGCAGCGACGCGUCCUUAGAUCUAUCUACAGAGCGGACGGACUGGCAGCGACGAAGGCCACCAGAGCCACCACCGGCGCGUCUCGCACUUCCUGGCAAAAAGUUAAUACUAGAAACGUACCACAGUGAAACGCGAGCAAGUUCCCCACGCUCUUCGCAAACGGAUACACGCUCACACCAUGUUACUGAAGAUUUCCCACGAACCGAGUAUCUUCCGAAGAAAAUGCGAGCUGCCGAAAUAUUAGGUGGUAAAAUCGCUGCGGCCCGUCAGGCGUUAGCUGGGCCACCCGCGCCCACAGCGAUAGCUGGGCCUGCUGGCCUGUCGGGAGCAAGUGGGCUGCCAGGGCCUGCUGGGUUGUCGGGGCCGGGAGGCUUGUCAGGGUCAGUCGGGCCCCCAACUUCGGAUCCCGCGUGCAGUUCCGCGCCUGCACCCGCCGAUGCUCCCGUUCGUCCCGAGGUUGCUUUUUUGGAGGAUCCAAAAAACUUAACGAGCCGGUCCAAAAGCACCGCCGCGGCGCUGGCCCGGGAGGAACAGGAGGCGGCGAGUCCCACACGGUCGGUGAAGGCUCCGACGUCUAAGUCCGAACAAUUACGCAAUAAACUACGGAAAUCUAGCGGCCGAGCCAGUGGACCCUCGCCGGAUCGGGCGGGAUCGCCCGAUCGAACCGUGACGCCUGAUUCGUGUUGCGGUCUAGAUGGGAUUAAUAUUAGGACUGGAAUGAUUUGCGAAGAGAAACACUCCGAAAUCCUAAACAGAGAACGUGUAAUUAGUAUAUGCAAUAUAGAUAAACAUGAUUUAGACGACUAUUUGAAUGAGGGUAAUAGCCAAGAGCACGAAGAAGAGCUUCUACAGUAUUUUCAUCAUCGCGCCAAUCAGUCGGAAGCCCAAGCAAAUACAAGCACCUCUGCUAACACUGCUGCUUUUUUAGAACGAGGCCAGGACCCACACGACGACCAUAGCCAGGGAAAUAGUGAGAAAAUAUCACAGCUAAGGGAAUUAUUAGCUAAGAAUUUAAAAAACCAGAGUGGGUCUAGUUCUCAAAACAUGCAAUUAAAUCAGGAGUCACAAUUAACUCAAGAAAAGUCAAAUGAGCCACCACUUACUAAACCAACGAUUUCUGAAGGCGCGUUUAAACCUCUUGGUCCUAAUGAUUCAGAAAUAAAUGGUCCGACUUUACCUAACCAAGCCGAUUUAAAUAGCAACAAACACGCUAAAUCUGUUCCAAAUCAAAAUGGCACCUCCGUACCUUAUGCUAACGAUAGUACAACUAACCAGGUACCCACGAAUGUCGGCGGGCCACAUCUUUACAAUGGCCACUGUCAUAAUGAACCACAGAGUCCAACUACCAGAACACAACAAUAUGAUUUUGUUCCUAUUUCGGAUGGAUGUCAUUCUCCCGGUAAUUUCCAUUCCAAAUCCCCAAUAGGCUUUGGUCAAAGAGGUCAAAGUCCCACAAAAGUAGGCAAACCAAUUAUCAUGGGUGGUUCCUUACAGACAUCUCCUAUUUCACAUAGCACUGCGGCGAGCCCUUUUGUUAGUCCAAGAAAUACUCCGGUCCCACGGUCUAGACUAUGCCCGCGGCCAAUACCCAAACACAACGGAAGGAAAAGACGCAAUCCUCUACAACUUGGUGUCACCGAUCCAUGCUCGAAACAAUUUGCUAUACCCAACGACCAAAAAUUCAUGACCAAAAGUGUAGUUUGUGGCGCGGGCAAAUACUGCCAACCCAUUUCAGCUCCACCGUCGCCGAAUAUACUCUCACAAUAUAAGAACCACAUGUACACGUGCUCUUCAGGAAUGUCUAAUGGCGCAAAUAAUCUUUGUCUAAAUUUUUUACCUAAUGCACCGUUUCGCGAUCACGUCAAUGGAGAACAACCACUGUCUGCCGAUCCUCUAUCAAGUGAGGUCAGUCAGUUUUUCCAAGAAUCACUAGUUUCUUACAGAUCGGGAACGGACACUUUUAGGUCGCAAUCCGUUCCCCUGAAACAAGCAAUUGGCAAUAUGGGAUUAUUAAGUUACAACAAUACUCCAGUAGGCUCUGUUCCGCCUACACCAGUCCCUAAUGAAUUUUGCGACUUUGGAUCUCUUGUUGAUACUUGUACUCGAGAAACAUUGGAUAAAAUAUACGAUGCCAUAGACAGCAGCAACGACGUCCUUACAACAAGUGCCACACAGAGCAUUUUAAAUUCUAACGACACCCUAAGUAAUGGUUGUGAACCCAUUCCUGAACAUCAAAUACUGUCGGAUGAACAAUUAACCUCAAUAAUACCGGGUGGGGACGAUCUGCUUGAGAGAACCAAUCAGUAUAACCAAUCAUUCACAAACGACAGCGCCACAGCUGACAACGUAGAAGAUUUCCUUAAACGAGCGAAUAGUAUUGAGUUUGACUUAUCCGAAUUGGUAACUGAUAAGAAUAAAUACUAUACAUCACGAUCUGUCCCGAGUACACCGCUGCCAUACAAACGCACAGCGCCGAAUCUGCAAAUAGACUCGCGACGUUCCAGGGAAUUAUUUGCGGCUGAAAAUUUCUCCAACGCAUCAAACGGCAUUUCCUCUAAAUCUGUGCCAUCCACUCCCCAGUUUGCAGAAGAUAGGAGCGUGUUUAGUUACAGUAACAGAGAUUUUCUGAUUAACGGUAAUUCUGUAUGUGGAUCCACUCAACUUCACGAAACUGUAGUGGAGAACGACCAGGGAUUGACGUCCCCACUUCACGAUAUGUUACGGGAGGACAUACUUGUUGAACCGUUGACGCCCGCCUUGCUGGCCGACCUCGACAAAAUGGACGCAACUCCGUAUGUCGAUCUCUAGUCAGCUGUUUCAUAAAUCAUCACUUGUAUAUAUGUAGUUUUAUAAUAUUAGUUUGGUUUUGUUUGUACAGAUACCGAUGAAUUGGAUAUCAACGGAGUACAAUGUAUUUGUAUGCCUUCAGUGAAGGCAAGUGCUAAGUUGUGCAUACCUAGUUUAAAUUUGGAUCGCACACUCCCAAAAAUUGAGUCAAUAAACAAUGCACUAUAUAAUAUUGUGAUAAUAAAAGCUAUGUGACAUCAAUUAUUAGAGUAAGCUAAAGCGAAACUCUGAAUUAUUUUAUUAUGAAGGCUUCAAUUAGUUGCUUGUUUGCGAAGCCUCAAAAAUAUAAUUGACAAUAUGUCUUAUUAUUUGACAAUAUUAGUUGGAGAAGUAUAAGAAAGCUAUAUUGGACUUUAAGUUACUAAAUAUACGCUGUUAUUUUGGCCCAAUUAAUUGAAAAAGAAAUAUAAAACUCAAUGUUUAAUUGAUGGAAUUAGAGUUAAAAUUAAACGUUUGCACUUUAGUAGAUAAUUAUUAUAUUUGAAUGUUUCGCGUGUAUUCGCGGCUCAGCUGUCGACAUACUCGAGGUGCGUGUGAUGCAAUGGACCACAUUAUAUAAUACAUAUAUUCAUAAGAUGAUUCGAUAUUAUAACAAUAUUCGAACUUUGUGGACCUGACAUAUGGUAAUAUAAUUAUUAAAAAAAAAAACUGAAAUACGCACUGUCGGUAGAUACGUAAAUAUUGUAAAUGUAUACUGGCUAGUUUUAGAACGUAUGAAUCAAUAUGUUUAUUGUUUACCGACUACAACAAUUUUAACGUGUACCACCUGAACAUAUACAAUAUUCAAGUAAUGGUAAUUCGGAUUUUUUAAAUAGGAGUUAAGAUUUUUUGUAUAAAUACUGUGGGAAUGGCUCGUAUGGUCAUUUUGUAACUGGCAAGUGUAACAUAUAUAUCGUUUCAAUAACUAAAGCAUGUAAUGGACUAAAAUUUCUAAAACAAUAUGCUUAUGAGUAGAAAAUGUGACUGUUUUCUAUCAGGUCCCGUUUAAUAAUAACUCCGCUUUAUAACCCUAGUGUACAAGUAGUUGGUGGUAUGUGCCUCGUGACAAUAUCUGCGCUCAUUGUAUAUAAUAAAAAACAUCGAAAUUUUGGUAUCUAUUUUAUAAAAAUUAGUGAGAAACAGUCAAUAGUGAUACUAGCUAACCAGUUCCAUCAACAACAUUUGAAAAUAUCUAAUGUACGUAGUUAUAGUGUUUAAUCAGACCAAUGCAGCGUGCCAAGCGCGCUUAGUAAAUUAGAAUUGGUUUUUCAUAAGAAAAAUGAUAAAAUAGUAUAUAGUUUAUGAAAAAUGAAUUUAUUGUAAGUUAGCACAAAGAUUUAAUAUAUUUUAUUAUCACAUAGGAGUUUUACUGAUAUACUAAAUUUACAUUGAUCGCAUAAAAUGCGGAUUGAAAGUUGAACCUGCCAACGUUGCUGCAGUGAGCUUGUAAGGCGUAGACACAUUACUGUUAUAUUGUUUCAUUGUGGCAUUACUAUCGAAGCCGGUCUCUUUCAACAAUAUUGGCAAACGCGUUUUGCGUGCAAACAGGACCUUAAAACGUAGGUAGGUCUUUAAAUAAUCACAGUAUACUAGCUAUAGAUAGGUAUGUAUUAUAACGUCCGCCUAACGCAUCUAAUAUCACGAUUUUCACACUAGAUGUAUCAGGGCGCUUUAUCAGUUUUUGUACAAAACAUUUUUUAAUUUGCUUUGUUUAUAAAACUUAAAAGUAAGCCUUAACAUAUAAACUUAAGAGUAAUGGACUCUAGACCGGCUUCAUUGUUAAACCAAAUUGAAGGUCUUAAGUUAUACCUAGUAUGGCCUAGCAACAUUGUGAAGAUUUUUUUAUUUGUAUUUAGGUAUUAUUUGUACUCUUACUAAGAAAACAAUCGUGUACCUUUUUCAUCAACCUGUGCCUCAAUAACGAAUGCUAAUGUAAAAUUGACGUUUAAAGCUUAGUAGUUGGUUUGUUACAACGCUAGUACAAAACACUGAUUCGACAGGGAUAUACCUAGGUAUAUGUAAGUGAAACCGAAGACUGUUUAAAGUUUGUAGAAUAUUUUCAACACAAAGAAAUAACUUGUCAUGAUCACGUCGAAUUCGUCUCGAGAAUAAGGUGAA